AUGGCAGUUUUACCUACAAGUUCCUCCAGCUUGGAAUUGACCAUAUCUGUCCCAGGUUUUGCUUCUUCACCAAUCACUUUUCUCACCACAUCAUCAUCAUCUGGGAAAAAGUUGGACAUGAACCAAGUAGCCAUAGAAGAAGAAUGGAUGAGAAUAGAAGAGGAAGAAGAGAGCAACGUUAAUCCUCGCAAAAAACUCCGUCUAACAAAGGAACAGUCUCGUCUCCUUGAAGAAAGCUUUAGAAAAAACCACACUUUAAACCCAAAGCAGAAAGAGUGUUUGGCAAUGCAGCUGAAACUCCGACAAAGACAAGUGGAGGUGUGGUUUCAAAACCGUAGGGCCAGGUAA